AGAUGGUAUAACAAAUAUACAACGAAGCCUCUUGCUCCUCCUCCAAAACCAAAACCGCUGGAUGUGGAAUCAUUGCCUUGUUAUGGUGGGUAAAACACGACCUUGAUACAUCUUAAUUUUUAAGAAACGGUCCAGAUAAGAACGAUAGCAACAACGGCAACGAACAUGUUGGAAUGCAAAAAAGGUGCUAACUUUUCUAUUGUCUGUACUUACUUCUGAUUGGCUUAAACAGCAAAAGUUAACAAAACUUCAUAAUGUUCAUCCUUACUUUCCAACCAUCUUCCAUAUAACAAAAUCUGGUCUCAGUUUGAAUAACAAAGAAAUCCUAUGUGGGGAACAUGUAAAAUUGUAAACUUUUCUUGGUUAUUGUUUUCAACUCUUGUGAUUGGUCAAAAUCUUUAAACACAAAAAAACACCCUUUCAAAGUGGAGUGUAAAUGCAUUUUAUUGCGUAAACGGCCUUCAUGUAGGUUUAUGCAUUCUCUGUGUAAAAAUGAGAACAUUCCUAUAUGGGGAAAGCACCGUUGCUGCAUAACAAAAGAAAUUGCUAUCCACCUUACCCGCAUCAUUACUUAAUAUAACCUGUAUGACAGGGGCCCCAGAGGUCCGUGGUACCCAACCAAUAUUUGGGUAUAGGUGAGCCAUUGAAAGACCCUGACCAUGGUUAGGACAAAAAAAAAUCCUAAAAUACCCGCCCUGUUUACGACACUACCCUCAAUUGUAUUACCCUGUUUAGGACAAAGGGAAAAAUUCAUACAAUCUUGUUUUUUUAACUCAUUGUGUUAGCAAUUACAACUGAGCAAAUGUACAAUUCAAUCAUUGCUUUUUAGGGUUUGUAAUGAUACGAUACAUAUCUUGAUACAGGUGCCACUAUACAAUACACGAUACCAUACAUCCAGUAUGCAUUACAUACAACUGACAAGUGACGUAAUCUUGCUGCUUAUUUUGACAAACAGCAUGUUUCACCCAUGGGUGCGCACGACUAAGUCAGCUGACAGCUAAUUGGAACUACGCAAUUUACAUGCGUUUGUGCUGCCAUCUUAGAAAAAUAUGUAUCGAAUCGGAAGCAUGCGAAGGUUUAUGAAGCAAGGAUGAAACUUUCUUGUCCCUUUGUUUAAUAAGAAGCUAUAAAAGGGCUUGGAUUUGCAUAAGGAGUCAUUAAAGACAGUAAUUUCUGAAUUGUUGAUGAAGAAUCAUAAUAUCACGAUAUGUUAGUCUAUAUGUUGUUCAAAUAUAGAUAUUGAAUUCGUAUAAUGUCAAAAAAUAUUGUGGUUCACUGGUGCACCCGUGUACAUUGCAGUAACAUUACUUUUGUAUAGGGCAGACGUCCAAGAAAUUGUAUACCCUGUGUAGGGCAGAUAAGACAAAAACCAUAUCCUGUCCAGUGGCACAUUCCCAUAAUUAUAGGCCAUAUAAGGGAGUAACCCUAUGCAUUUAUGCUUGCCAACUCUCGUGCCUAAUGCGGGAGUCUCGUGCCUGCGAACCUAAGGCAUGGAUCUCAUGCAUCAGGGACAAUUUCUCAUGCCUGACUCACAAAUCUAGACAAAUUGUUCUUUAACACAUGACUAAUAACAAAAGUGCAGUUCAAUUUCCCUUAGAAUAUUUGUGACCUAACUGUACCAAAACGCACUAAUAUUUUUCCCAAACAUCUUCAGAUUGUUUCAGCAACGUUCAGAAGUCUUAAGGAAAUCAUCAGACAGCUUCAGAAGUUGUUGGGAUGUUUUCAGAAAUUCUGGUCAUGAUAAGACGAAAAUCUCAUGCAUUUGAUGCGGCAAAUUUUGACAGGGAUAUAACUUCCCCAGGAGACAGGGAAAAGAAGGGAAGAAGAAUUUGAGGAACAGGAGAGAGGGAAGAGCGGACUUCCUUUUGUGCUUUUCUUGCAUUUACCUCCCUUUUAUUCCUGCCUGCUAAUAACCCUUCCAAAGGUUUUUCAACUUUUAACAUGUGCUUGCUGACAAAAACCCAUUGAAUGAGGGUCCACAAUAGGGGUUCUGAAAUCCCGCUUUCCCUCCUUUAUUUCUUCUCAAUCCCGCCAUCCUGUCCUAUUUUAUGCCCGAAUCCCGAUCCUGUCCCAUUUUUUUACGAGAUUUUUUGCUCGAUUAUUGAAAUAGACGUUAUAUAAGACUUACCUUCUAACAAUUGUCAGUUUUGAUGGUUAAGAUUCUAAGCGACUGUAACUUUAUUUACUGUUGUGCUUAUCUUUUCGUCUGCGCAUCGGUACAUGUUUACUUCGAUAUUUUAAUUCCUGUAUUUUUGGAGUUAGGUAGAUUGAUGUUAUCUGUCUGUCUCACGAUGAUUUGACUGCUUUGCUGCUAGUUUCCAUCAGGCGAUGAAGCCAAUUCUGUCAAUUGUUUAUGUGGAGUGUAGGACAUGGAAAAUGUAUGUAAACAUGUACUGGUUGUAAAGACUGAGAAAUGCUAUUGAAUCGAAUAGCACGACCAAAUGCGGACACCCUUCCAAGCAGGACGUUUACUUCUCCAUCCAAAGUGGCGACCCUUUGACGCCCAUAGCGCGGGGCACAAAGUCCAUUGAUAUUCCAGGUUACCGUUAUAAUAGAUCCAUGACAAAUGUGAUGAGGUCGUUGGAACUCAGACCUCUUUUGAGUUUUCUUGAACUCUUAAACUCAGGUCGACUCACCUGACUGUUUCUUUUAAGACUUUUAAGGUCUUCACUUGCCUUGAAACAGGAGCUCUAAAUUUUUCUUUCGGAAGAAACCCAUUCCCACUGGCACCUUUUUCGUAAUACAGAGCCACACAAUUUAUGAUGACUACCACAUUGUCGUCAUUGUCCACUUCCAUCAGUUCUGGUGUGGCCAUACCGUGGCCAGACUUACUUAACAAACGCUCAGUCCAAAGGAUCGUCUAAGUCCGACAGGUCCGUCCAGGCAAAAGCAGAAAAGGUAAAAUCCGUCAACAAAAUAGCAGUGCAGAUCAGCGCAGGAUCUUAAUGAAGGUGACUUCUAAUCUCAGUGAUUUGAACCUCUUUUCGAGUGACGAAAACGACGUAAUUAGCAAACACACGAAAGUGAUAAUGGUCAAAAUUUGACAGGCUUCACUUCCUUUUGACACUCAUAGCUUGACUACAAAGGCGGUAUGCACACUAAAGAACCAUUUUCUUUCAGUCGCUAAUAUAAAUUUUUAGUCAAGACAAAACUAAAUUCCCAUAUCCCGCUAUUUUUGCCUUACGAUUCUCGCAUCCCAUCCCCAUAAAAAUAGGAAAUCCCGCUCCCGCUGGUUAUUAAAAUUCCCGCAUCUCGCUCCUGUUUUCAGCCCGCAUCCCGCGUAUCACCACGAAAAAUAGCCAAAUCCUGCAUCCUGCCAAACCUAUUGUGGACCCUCCAUAAUGUUAAUGUCACAAAAUUUUUGUACAAAUGUCUGUAAAACUAUACAGAGUUAUAUCUUCACUUGUUUCUGACCUCUCUCUUUGAAACUUGGCAAGUUAUUUAAUUUUAAGGCCAUCUUUCCCGCAGCGUCAGUGAAUUUUCGUCUACUCAAUAAGUCUGAGGUGGAACGUUGCUAAAAAUUUGUGGAAGGGCUCAUUUCUAAUUUCAUUUACGGGUUAAAUUUUGUGAGAGAUAUCUCCCAAAUGAAACAAAGCUGAAGGUUGUUCUUUCACAUUUUACAAUAUUAUACAGGUGUGUUCAGACCAAGUGUCUGCAAAUUUAUUGCCAAGCGUGAUUAUGAAAAUUACAACUCAGCAGAAGGUUGUUCUUUCACAUUUUACAAUAUUUUACAGGUGUAUUCACUCCAAGUGUCUGCAAAUUUAUUGCCAAGCGAGAUUAUGAAAAUCACAACUCAGGAAUUCUUGCCUGGGUGACAUCAUUUACUGGGGAAGACACUUUAAGACUUAUUGACCUCAAUGAGUUUGUAUUUGGAGCAAACCUAAGGGUCGAUAUCCUACACAGAGUAGUAGUUUGGCAAUGGGCAAAAAGGAGAGCUGCUCCUUAA